CGUAGUAGUCGUCGGGAGUAGUUUAUUCGGAGUUCGAGACAAUUUGGAAAUUGGUUAUUUUCCAGUAUUGCUCUAAGGAUCACAAACAGAGUAUUUGAUUGCAGUCGUGUCUAUUCCCACCUGUUCCACUCCUCGCCCGGAGUGAUAAAGGGUGUCCCCUAGGUCCAAUGUUGUGCUGUGUGGUUUUGUACGCCUUUAAUUAGUGAAAGUAGAAUGGUUCUAAUUGAAAAAGUUUCGGAGGCUUAAUGUAAUGGUAGAGUGAAUCUGUGUUCCUGUAAGCUUUGAGCUUCCGUAUUUCGUUACUCAGUUAUGCAUUUUUAAUUAGUGAAGGAAGAGUGCUUGGAAAUCUGGUCAAUUAAUGCACAGUCGCGGCACUGUGAAAUAGAGGUGAAAGUUCAAUAAUUUAAUCAGUCAGUACAUGAGUGCAACGCAGUAGAUAAUUAUAAUCCUAAUCGUUUAUGAUCACGUCAAUGAUACUGGUCGAGAGAGCGAGAAAACGAAGUAAUAUACUGCUGUAUAACAUAAAAGUGCUACCAAUCGUAUUUCAUAGUGGAUACUGAUGAAAAGAUAAGGCACCACCCACCAGAGGCGAAUACUGAAGCGCACUGUAUCUGGAAACUCGACGGCCGAAUCCUUACAUAUGUGGUAAUGUGAUAAGUAUUUUGCUUCGCUGAUAUUUAAUUCGGGUAACGGGAAAACCUACCCAAGUAGCAAAAACCUACUGGCCAUCCAUCCAAUUUGUCAUCGUGGAAAACAGCUGACGGGUAGGGGAAUUGAAUCAGGAGUCGGAAAAUCUUUUUCUCGUGUUCACCACAAUAGUUGGCACAAGGAAUUUGUGAUCGGAAAUUGGGAAAAAAGAAAGCAAUUCGACACAUUAAAAAUCGAGGCGAAUCGGGCCUUCCGGCGGGAAAUUGACCCUGUGAAUGAUGGUUGACCGAGUGGAACGAUAAUAGGCGAUAACGAGUUGCAAAGCGGUUUCGAUAGAAAAAGAAAAUUGCCAAACGCGAAAGUGAAUGUAGUGAGUUUUGCUUGUGAAAGUUAUUAAAUUGAGAAUAAAUAAAGUUCCUUCAAUACGGUCAAAGCAGAUGCGGUGAAAACGUAGUGUUACAGCUCAGAAAAACGGGGUAGAUUGUGGAGAUACUACCGCACGGAAUGUAGCGAAAUAUAUACCCUUGCAUCCCUUGAAGCUCAUUUGCGGAGUGUCAUUUAUCCAACCAACCAAGGUUAAGCAAUGGAUUCGAUGCAAUGUCUCAAGUUCAGCGAAUCAGCUGACCGACGCGGGGAAACUCGUCACCGAAUAUCAUCUGUGGUAUGAGUGAACGUGAUAGUUUACCUGUUGGAUUAUGACCAUAGCAAUUGCUGAAGUAACAAGAUCAAAUAAUUUAGAAUGAUGAAAGAGAAGAAAAUGUGUCACCACAGAUGUAGCACCUAUCCAAGUGGAAGGGAAAAAAGUGUUUAAGGAGUUUAAGGGUGCUGUUCGUGAUGGGUACAAUAAAAUGAAAGAAAAUAUAAUAACGUGCGGCGAGAAUUCUCUGGUUUUUACGCAAGGGUGUUGGUAGUGGCUUUAUGGCGUAUAUUGUUCAAGGUAUCCUUGAACAGAACAAGCGUAACUAUAGCUCAACAAUUUAAGAGUACCAUACAAAGGGAAAAAGCGAUAUGUAACGAAUAGAUUUCUCAGGAAGUGAAAGAGCUAAAAAGUGUAAUCAGUGUGCUUAUAGCUAUACAACCGCAGAUGCUCUUUGUGGAGUCUACUAAAACAGUGAUAGAUUUUAAUACAAGGCCAAAAUACACAUAGAAUCAAUCCGUUGAACUACGUAUCUGAAUCUGCACAGAACAUAAAGAAACGAUCAAAUGCAGCGGAACUUGUCGAAAGAAAGCCACUGAUAAGGGCAUCGCACUUUAAGAUGCUCGCUUUUGCCGCACUGCUAGCUAUACACGCAGGAUUUGCUGGUUCGAUUCCUAGUGCACCGGAGAACAUUACCAUAACGUUCCUCACGCCAACCUCGGUCCGCGUUUCAUGGCAAACUUCGAUGGACCCGCACACGAUGCCAGUUGACAAGUAUGACGUUACCUACAAACCAACCGAUGCGAGGGUCGUCGUAGUGGUGGCAGGAAACCGGGAGGCGGUCACACUCGGAGGACUCUCGCCUGACACACAGUACCAGCUGACGGUAGCGGCCGUCUGGAGUGGGAAAAAGUACCGCAGCCGACCGAUUGUAUUCAGAACGCUGGAGCCUCCCAGGACGUCAUAUCAGCAGGAUUCCGGUGCGCUCGCUGGCAACAGCGGGCCACCGAUAUCCCCACAUGCCGACACAGCACCGUCGCUGAGCGGGUUCGGAAUCUUCAGCGACGAGUUCGGCAAUAUCUCAGUUAACUCAACAUCACGAGAACUUCCAACGAUCCGUGGCGUCGAGAUCGGUAUCGUAGUGUUAGUUUUGAUAGUGUGGGCUGGUGCUAUAGCUUUAUUUUUCAAUCGAUGGGGUAAAAUCCGAAUGUUACUUCCAUAUCAGCCGGACUACAAACAGGAGCAGCUGAAAGUUCCUGGAACGGGCGUCUGUGCCAACGGCAGCUGCAACGGGCAGCAUUCGCAUCAGGAAACACAAUCUGGACUGGUGAACGUUUUUGCCAAUUUGCAGAUACAAAAUGAAUAUGGACAGCUUCUCGAUAAGCCUUACCAUCCCUGGCCGGAGGAACCGUCGUCGGUAAUAUCGGAACGGUGCACGCGGGCCCGAAUAAACUCGGCGAUAUUUGUUUCAUCCGAGGGCAGAGGGUUCGAUUCGAUCGAGUUCAUCCGCCGUUACGGAUCCCAGUCGGUGCUGUGCCGGAAGGCGCGGAGUGCCGAGAACGUGUCCGCCGCAGAGCGACAGCGCCGUUUCUCCGAAUAUCCCGAGUGGGAAUCGGAGGAAAGCAAACAGAACUGCAGAGUGAACGGAAACAACAGCUAUGGGAACAGCAGUGCAGCCGGCAACAAUCCGCACCAGGACUCUAUCGAACUGGUGGAAUGUCACCGGGAGCCUAACGUCACAUCGAACGUAAUUAGCACUAGCAAUCCGAAAAGUAGCAGCACGAGUAAUAGCGCCAAUGCCAACAGCAGACAGACGCCAAAGCUAUCGAACUUACCGACGCUGUCGGUGUCCGGGCCAUCUCCACCACACGAGGAGGAAUUUUUCGCAAGUCUAUCCAUAUCCACCGAUGUUGAAAAUCCAAUCACCUGUUCAUUCACUAAGAACCAAUGCUACAUGAAAAUCGAUACAUACGAGUCUACGUUUUCAUACACAAUCCACUCUCCUUAUGAAAUGGCUACAGGUGACUCGAAGUUCGCAGAAAUAGGAGAAAUGGAUGAGAUCGUGGUGUCGUACAUGAUGCAAGAAACGGUUUCUAGUUACAUGCUUCGAAGUUUAACGGUGAAACAAAGGAAUUGCGUCUUUUUUGAUGAGCAUCAUGGUGGACACGAGUUAUAUAGCUAUAAUUUAUGUGUAAUGCGCUGCCGAGCUUCUCGAGCAUUGGAUUUCUGCAACUGUGUUCCGCACUUCUACCCGUUUAUAGGAGGCCCUAUAUGCAGUGUCGAAGGAUUGCUCUGCCUAUCGAAGGACCUACGAUGGUACGAGAAAAAAGUCUGCGAUUGUCUGAAACCAUGUAAUGAGAUAGUCUACGUAGCCGUGCACACCAGCAAAAAUCAAUGGGCUACAACGGGUGGUAUCCCUUUUAAACAAAAGGCCACCGUUCGGUGGGAGGUGUUGCAACCAAAAACACGUUUCUGUAGAGAAAUUCUUUUUAGCUUUGAAGAUCUGCUCGUUUCUUUUGGCGGAGGAAUUUCUUUGUUUACCGGCAAAAAUCUUUUCACGUUAGCCCAAAUGGUUGAAUUUGUUUGCACGAUUCUACUUCAUAGAGCAUUGCGAUUCUUAAAACUGUUGUAAUCAACUUUAUGUAAUUUCGUAUUACAAUAUUGAUAGAUGGGUACUAUUAUCACAGAGAAUAUAGUCAGUUCCGCCAGCUAAGUUUAUAUAUCCUUGCUCGGG